AUAUGAUAAUAACACAAAAAGAAACAUAGUAUAAUUUAACUGAAAUUCAUAAUAAUAAAAGGAAGUCAUGGGUAAAAAAUUCAUAUAUAGAUGAAUAAUAGAAAAUGAGUAUAUAUGAAAAUUUCUUAGUAAUUUUUAUCUAUUUCAUACAUAUUGAAAUGUGUUUCUGUUAAUAUUUUUUAUUUUCAUUAUAUCAUAUUUAUUCUCAAUAGAAAUGUCAGUAACUAUUAUUUCUACGACUUUUGAUUCAUAUAUAUAUAUGACUGAUUCAUAUAAAUAAUAAUGGACAAUUAUUUGUUUUUCUUUUCUUCCCACUGUAUAUUACUCAUAUUUACCAAAACAUCGAUAGUUUGCUCUUUAUAUUAACUAAGGUAGACGUCAUAUGUCAUACAAUCAUGUAUAUCGAACGAGUUGACUUCAUAUAAAAAAAUGUUUUUCUUUAGACUGAUGUUGAAAAUCUUUAUCAAUAUCGUGAUGAAUUAUUUAAACCAAAUUCUAAACCUAAUGAAUCAUUGAAAAAUCGUUAUAAAUUAAUUCGAACACGACUUGAACAAAUUCUUUCGAAUUACAAUGAAAUUGAAGAACAAAUACGUGAUCCAUGUCAACGUGCGUUGUUUUCAUAUUGGAAAGGACGUGCAUUUAAUAUCUUUCCUGAAUAUGAUAAACGUGCAACUGAUUAUUUAAGUAAAGCUGCACUUCUUCAACCAUCAAAUGUCUUAACAUUAAAUGAACUUGGAGAAAGUUAUGCAAAAAAUGGAGAAUUUGAAAUGGCUGCUAGUUGUUUUAAAAAUGCAAAUAGCAAAGAAAAAAAUCGAUUUGUUUUAAGAAAUUUAUCAAUUGUUACAAGACAAUUAGCAUCAAAAAUAACUGAUCGAACAGAAAGAAAUCGAAUGAUUGAAGAAAGUAUUCAAUAUGCUAAACAAGCUGUUGAAGUUGAUGUUAAAGAUGGAGCAUCAUGGUAUACACUUGCAAAUUCUUAUGUAUGUUUUUAUUUCAUGGUUGAAAAUCAUCCAAAAAAUUUAAAACAAGCAUUUAGUGCUUAUAAUCUUGCUCUCAAAGAUCCAGCAUCGGAAAGCGAUGGAGAUUUACAUUACAGUCGAGGAGUGGCUCUUCAAUAUCAUGAAGAUUAUGCAGAUGCUCUUGCUUCAUAUGAACAUGCACUUGAACUUGAUUCCGAAAAUGAAGAUGCACGUAAUAAUCAAGAUCAAUUACUCAGUUAUUUACGUACAAUAACAGAUCUGAUUGCAUGUAAAGGUCGAAUAAAACCAAAAAAAUUUAAAACAUUAAUUUCAGUAUUAAAUGAAACUCCACCAAUUAAUAAUAAUGUUGUUCCACUUGAAUUUCUUCGUUCAGGAGAAAAUGAAAAUGUCACAUAUCGUGGUACAGUUGUUGCUAGUCUUGGUGUACAAGAUGUUAAACUAAUGUUUAUACUAGUUGAUACGGAAGAACGUUGCGUUCUUGUAACUGUUUAUUAUGUUGAUAUUUCAACGUCAGUUUCACUUGGUGAUAUUAUUGAAAUUCCUAAACCAGUUUAUCGUUUAAUGAAUAUUGAAUGGCGAAAAGAAAAAUUUUCUAUUCCAUCAUUACGUGUUGAUUCUCCAAAAAAUUUGAAAAUUAAUGGAAAAGAUUGGCCAAUGAAUACAUACGCUCCACCGGCGAUUUCACUCAAAGUUAAAUUUUAA